UUUCAUUCUCCCCAUCCCAGCACCAGCCAUGUACAUCCCAGGCCCUCUCCGACUAUCCUCAUACCUCCUACCAUUCCUCUCCUCUCCUUCUCCCCCUGCACAAUCAUCCCCCGACACCCGCACCAUCUCGUUCAAGCCAGUCCAUGCCCACGGCCACGCCUUUGUUGAUAACGCCUCCACGCCGACCCUUCUUUUCCUUGACCAAUCACCCAGCGCGUCCUUAUAUGCGCAUGACUAUCCAAUAGGGGCGUUUGGGGACGACUACGUGCUGCCUCGCUUGACGAGCGAUGUUUUAGAGAUACGGACGAGGAAGAAACUCAUUCGCCGCCCCAAAGUACGGCCACCGCGCAUAAUCUCUUGGGCACAGUCUUAUCGCGCCCAAGCACUCCAUUUCAACGGGAUCAACAACAACAACGACAACAGCAACAAGUCGAUAUCAUUACCCGAAUCCUGGCUGGCUCCAGAUCUUGCAAAUCCUUCCGAUGAAUGGUCAGAUGUCGAAGUGACCGUGCCAGACUUGACCGAUCGGCAGACGGUGAUUACUCUUGCGAAAAUGUCGAGCAACGCGUAUGUCACCCCUGGCGGGGCUGGUUGGUAUACGCUUAAUGAUUGGAAUGCAUCGAUGCCCUUUGGCUGGGAGCCAGAUGCCGAUGGGUUAAGGGGUCAUGUUUUUGCAGAUGAGAAGAACGAGACGGUCAUUAUAUCUAUCAAGGGCACUUCUGCAGGAGUUUUGGGAUCUGGUGGACCGACUGCGAAGAAUGAUAAAUUCAACGACAAUCUUUUAUUCUCGUGCUGUUGUGCGCGCGUAGACUUUUCAUGGACCCCGGUUUGCGAUUGUUAUGCUGGUGGCUAUAAAUGCGGUCAGACGUGCUUGGAAGACGCUCUUGUAUCUGAAAGUGUGUAUGCGACCGUCGGCACGAAUCUUUACAAUAACAUCACGUACAUGUACCCGAACGCCACUAUCUGGCUGACCGGCCAUUCGCUUGGCGGCGCCGUGUCAUCCCUGAUCGGUCUCUCCUUUGGCGCCCCGGCUGUGACGUACGAAUCGCCGGGCGAGCUUCUCCCUGCAUCCCGUCUGCACCUGCCGCUGCCGCCCGGUAUGCCCGCCAACCUGUCGGGUAUCACCCACGUGUACCACACUGCGGACCCUAUCGCGAUGGGCGUAUGUAAUGGCCCGUAUAGCAGCUGCUACGCCGCCGGCUUUGCGAUGGAGAGUAAAUGCCAUACGGGCGAGACGAUCUUGUAUGAUACGGUGAGGGUCAAGGGGUGGAGUGUGGAUGUGAGGACGCAUAGGAUCGAAGAGGUCAUUGACAAGGUGUUGGCGGAUCCGUGGCCGGAGGAGGGUGAGGGUAAGAGUGGUGUAUGGGAAAAGGCGGUGGAGGGAUGGUAUAGAGCGGCCGAUAGAGUGAGGGCCGCGUUGGACGAGUCAGUGGUGAGGGAUGAUGUGAACGUUUGGUGGGGGUGGGGAAGACGAGGGCCGAAGAGACAGCCUGGGGGAGAAGAUCCAGGAUGGAGAAAGCAUGGAGGUGUGCCGAAACCUGUCUCUGAAGAAGAUUGUGUGGAUUGUUACAAGUGGGAGUUUGGGGAGUGGAACUAGGUAGAUACAUAGUGUAGUUGUAUUAGUAUGUUGUUGUGGCAAUAGAGUGUAUUUAUGAAGAAUACCAUGCAU